UAGCGAGCGCCCGGGCUUAGAGCCACACCGAAAUUCUUAUCAAUGGACUGCUGACGUCAAUGAACAGCGGUGACGCGCGGUCACGUGGGAUCGAGGGGGCCGAAAUAUAAACAUGAGGAGCUGCCCGUGGUUCUGAAAAUAUCUACAGCGCCGUCACGAAGACGCGAAAGCUAAGGCGUGACCACACGGGUCUUAUGCCGUUUCAUUCAGCAAGUUUAAUAUAAGCUAUACAUUUAUUUGCUUUAAAAAAGAAAGCAUAUGUAUUAGAAAAGAGAGAGAAGACAGCGUCCAAUCGCGAAGUUCGGAGAACAAAGAGCAAAAGUGCGUCGGACCACGUCACGCCUGGGAUCCCGGUGCAUCACCUUUUUCCUCACUCCUAAUCUGCAUGGUCAUGAUUCGCUGCCAACAAGUCUCUAGAGCUCCAGUUGUGCUUCUAUUCUUCCUCUUCAGUCUUACAUUUGAGCCUACAAGCAGCCUCCCUGUGAUUGAACAUAAAGUGGGCAAUCAAUAUGAACCCUCCUCUCCUAAACCUGCAGAGGCACAGACCGAUACUGGAGAUGUUCUUCCAGGGAUACAGAAUGAAGGGGAGGAUGAGCUUUUCAAAGAUGUUGACCCAAAAACCCUAGCAGCAGUCCUCUUAGAAGCCCUAAACAAGCCCCAGGAGGAAAUUGGUAAACAAGAGGUGGUUGGGGGUAAGAAGAACAAGGCAGAGGAGGACAGUAAGACCCAGAGUUUGGAUAGAGAGAGAAAUGAAGAGGAGGACCUGGAAAUGGUGCGAGCAGCUGUCGAGACAAGGAAUAGAGAAGAAAGAGAAAGGGAACUGGAUGAGGAGAGGAAGAGGGAGGAGGAGGAAGAAGAACGCCUCACAGAAAAGGUAACCAGUCACACAACCAGUCUAACAGUGCCUGUAAAGGAACAUCAAGCAGUUGAAAAGGAGAUGGCAAGCAAAGAAGAGCAGCACGAAGCAGAGGAAGCCACUGAGGGAGAAAAAGAUGAGCAACUGAGUCCAGAGGAGCUGAAGAGUCUAGAAACCAUGUUAGAAGAAUUUCAGAGCUACAGUACAGCCAUGAAAAGAGAACAUGAUUCAGUAUCCUACCAAAGAGAGAGUCGUGGUGAUUACUUUGACUAUCUGGAUCGUAAUGGCCUCAUGAACAAUGCGAUCAAGCCCAAACCUAAGGGUUAUGACUUGGCUCUGUCUAAGAAAAAACUUAAGUGGCAGGAAGAGCAGGAAAGGAAUAAGAAUCGCCCACUGUAUAAGGGAGGUAAUUUCAUGGAUGAUUUUAAUAAUAAUAUUGAAGACCAAAAAGAGGAAAAUGGAGAGGAUGAAGAGGAACUGUUAAGUCCAGAAGAGGAAGAAGCUAGGGCUAAAGCCGAACAGGAAGAAGUGCGCAGACAGGCAGCUGAGGCCCAGAGAGCCAAGGCAGAGGAAGAGAAGCUUGCAGAUAUUGCAUCAGACAUGAUCUUGCAAUACAUGGUCAAGCAAGAUGGGAAGAAAUACCGAAACAAUAAUGCUGCAGAAGACAAACGCUCAGAGGAAGAUGGUGCCAAUAAUGAUGAUGAUGAUGAUAUUGAUCCACAAACUAUUGACAAGUUGAUAGAGAUCUCCAGUAAGCUGCACUUGCCUGCUGAUGAUGUGGUAGAUAUAAUCAGUGAUGUGGAAAAGAAGAAAAAAAAAGAUGCCCCUUUAAGCCUGCAAUGGCAACGACCUCUUGUAUCUCCUUCUGCACCUGAUGUCCCAUCUACAGUUUUAAGAACAUCACCACCCUCAAAACCACCAAGGCCUAAUACUAAUUUGCUAAAAUCAUGGUUUAAGGACAGGGCCUCUAUUAAGCCCAGUCAGCAAGAUUUUUGGAUCAACAACAAGCAACAGUGGCCUUUUUGGACAUACCCCUCCUACCGGCGUUAUCAAAAGCCCUACAGUAAUUAUUACACAAUCUAUUUCCCACCUCCUAGGCCUAAACCACGUUACUAUGCCAGCCCUUCCUACUCCCUUAAUGAAAUACUGGGAAAUUCACUAGACUAUGAGUUUGACUACCCUCUCAAACAAAGGUCUCGUCCCUGGAAACCAAGUCGUCCAAGGUCUCCUCUGGCCUUCCGGAGAAACCUCUAUUUCCCUAACUACAUUGUCCCUCAUCCUCGGACUUUCAAAGCUGUACCUAUGCCCAAACCUCGUUCACCCCUGCGUCAUCGCCCUGCUUUCUAUUAUCCGCCCACAGCUUCUGUAGUUGCCCCACAGGAUGGCUUUUACAGCCAGUUGGAGCAGCCAGAGCCAGAUAGCAAUGAGAAGCUAGGGAACUUUAUCGAGAAGGUUUUCCUGAAACAUCCCAGAAUGUUUCAGUGAAGAUGUAGAUAAAGAGAAAGAAAAUAGAAAAUGUAGGUGAGCAAGAAGAGUAUAACUGUGAGACUGUUUUUUGCCAUACCACCAUAUUUUCUUUUUAAUUUCAGAAAUAAGUUUAUCCAGUUCGAUCUCCCUGUCCUUCACACUUUUUUUCUUAAAAAUGCCUGAAGACUGGUGACUGUUGCCAUUUUCAAUGGUGUUUCUCUGUUCCUCAUCUAUUCCCAUCCUCCCCUACAUGUACUUAUAGACAGUGGAAAUGAGGUGAAGAAAGGGUGAUUUUUCUAAAUUAUUUGGGGUACACACAUGACUUAAACACCCAACAACAGUCCUAAAAUAUGUAUACACUUCCAGAAGGCCUUUCAAAAAACAAAGGAAGACAAAAAUACAAUGGGACAUGUUUUAUAAGCCUUAUAUUUGAUUAUUGCUUAUCAUUUGUGCCAUUUAGGAGCCUUUUAAUCCAUGUAGUCAUUUUCUCUAAUCAUGAAAAAAAAUAUAAAAAAUAUUUAAAUUAAAAACCUUUAAAGAAUGCAUGCGUAAACACAUUUAAUCCAUGGAACUCAGUCAUGAUGAAAGUGCCAUAUUCUUUAGAAAUGUUUAGUUUAUUAAUUCAACAAAUGUCUGAAAUGUACACAGUAGUAUUCUGACACACUUAGUCCUGUACAUAGAAUUGUCUUUAGACUGACAUUUAAUUUUAUUUUUAAAGGGUUUUUAACAUUGUUUUUCUACACAGAUCAUUGAUAGCUGGUGCAAUGAAUGCUCAUACAUUCCAAAUAUUUAUUGAAACAAACAAAAAAAAGCUUUUUUCAUAUCAGCUGUUUUGACAACAGUUAUUAAUUGCCUUAUUUCCCUCUCAAGACUAGCAGCAUUUUUGUCAUUGAUGGAAUGGCAGACAUUUGAAGAAAAAUGAAUAUUAACUUCAACUCUCUAUGUAUUUAAUGGUAUAAUGAGAUUCAUAUUUAUGAGGUGUCAAUGCAACAACAAAACACCAUGCACAUUCCAAAUUACCUAGUUCUCACUUUGCGUUUCUACAUUUAAAAAAAAGCAUUGACAAUCUUUUAACUGAAAUCACUCCUAAUUCCCGAAAUGUCCCUUGAAACCGAUGAUGAACAGUUACCUUUACACAAAAUGUUAGUAUAUGGUACCAAAAAAUUUUAUAAAGUCAGAAUAAUUAGUGCAGAACAAAGUGGAUAGAGCACAUAGAGUGCAUGAACACAUAGAGGCAUGUUAAACUAUGCUUUAGUGAUAUUAAAGGAACUGUGAACAAUUUUUCGCCACACAUAACUUCAAAAAGAAGUCAAACCAAAAAACUGUUAAACAGAUGAACAUAGUAAAAUGUUCACAAUGUAAGUACCCACACUGUGUGAUACCUUAAGAAUUGUAAGACAAUGAUAUGAAAAGAUAAGUAAAGGGGGAGGUGCUUGACAUUCUAAUUAAUUUAAGCAAGCUGUGGAUAGAUAAAUGAACGUAGAGGAACAAGUGUCUGCACGUUUAUGUGAACUUGCAUCUAAAAUGUGUUUUUCCUCCUUAAAGACAUUAAAGCAUUAAAAAAAGAAUAAAAAUACAAAAGACAAAUGUUUAGCAUACCAGAGGUUAAAAAAACUGUCAAGUCUUGUAUACGGAAAAUCAGCUGUUUGCCAGUUCUAGAUGUAUCUUGUAUGUACCUUAAUAAACAUGCGUUUGCUGGAUGUAAAUAAUCGCAUGUUGAUGACUAGUUUUGCUACACAGAGAUAAUUCAAUAAAAUUUACUAUUUUUUAAUAAUAUU